CGCGCCAGCAUGAGUUCUUCAACAAUUCAGAAGUGCCACAAAACCGUCUACCGGCAGAUCGUAGACAACUUGCUCCCGAUAGUCCGAGUCCCACUCGCCAUUGCAGCAGCUAUCAUUGUGAUGGCAAGAAUCAAGCCUGAUGAGUUGGCUGGUCCAAUUCAAGCCCUCAGUCAUGCACACAUCUUGUUGAUUUUGUUCUUCUUGGCCACCGCAGUGAUUGUCUACAUCAUGCAGCGCCCACGCACGGUGUACCUCAUCGACUACGCCUGCUUCCGUGCCACAUAUAAUUACCGUGUUCCCUUUGCCUCUUUCGUUGAGCAUUUCCGCCAGGACACCCACUUCAGCGAAAGUAGCAUCCGGUUUGUGACACGCCUUCUUGAGCGAUCGGGCCUCGGUGAGGAGACAUGCUUGCCUACAACGAGUCAAUACAUUAACCCUUUCCAGCACUGCACGUUGAAGGCUGCUCGCGAUGAGGCUGAACUCGUUGUGUUCUCGGCCAUUGAUGAUUUAUUUGCCAAGACAAGCAUUGCCCCUGUCUCCAUUGACAUUCUUGUCAUAAAUUGCAGCGGAUUUAAUCCAACACCUGCUCUUCCCGAUAUGAUUGUUAACAAGUACAAGAUGCGUAGCGACAUUCGCAACGUCCACCUAUCUGGAAUGGGCUGCAGCGCGGGGUUAAUCUCAAUUGAGCUUGCGAAGAACCUCCUGCAGGCCAUGCCCCAAGUGGAGGAUGAUAAGAGAAACACAGGGGUCAAUCUCACCAAGGACAUCAUUGUCGUUGCUGCUAGCACGCUCAAGGCCAACAUCGCCACCAUUGCACCGCUCAUCCUUCCGGCCUCUGAGAAGCUUCUGUUUGCAUUGUCCUUCAUAUCAAAAUAUAUUAUAAAAAUGAGGGUCAAUUUAUACAUGCCUGACUUCCUCACAGCAUUCGAGCACAUUUGCAUUCAUGCAGGUGGUCGUGAAGUAAUUGAUGAGGUCAAACGCGGCCUAUGCCUGUCAGAUGAGCACACCGAGCCAUCAAGGAUGACACUACAUCGAUUCGGUAACACAUCUAGUAGCUCCCUGUGGUACGAAUUGGCAUACAUCGAGGCCAAGUGUCGCAUGCGCAAGGGUAAUCGGGUGUGGAUGAUUGGGUUUGGAUCAGGGUUCAAGUGCAACAGUGCAGUAUGGGAGUGCAUUGUUCCCGCCCACAAUGUAGAUGGACCUUGGGCCGGGUGCAUCCAUCGCUAUCCCGUGCAUAUCCCCUAA